AUGGGGUCACUCGUUGCACAACUCCUCUCGUCACGCACCUCAGUCUUCGUCGCAGCGCUCCUCUUACGCACCAUCCUCCUCGUCUACGGAAUCUAUCAAGACUCGGUCUCGGCCUUGAAAUACACGGACAUCGACUAUUAUGUCUUCACAGACGCCGCUCGAGCCGUUUCAAGGCACUCUUCUCCCUACGACCGUGCUACCUACAGAUACACUCCGUUGCUGGCGUGGAUCUUGUUGCCCACCAGCUGGGGAGGGCUGUGGUUCCACUUUGGCAAGGUGUUGUUCGCUCUGUGUGAUCUGAUUGCCGGAGGGCUGAUUCUCAGGCUACUUAAGAGGAAGAGGCUGCGGGAAGAGAGAGCGUUGAAAUAUGCCAGCGUGUGGCUGUUGAACCCAAUGGUCGCGAACAUUAGCACCCGUGGGAGCAGCGAAGGCCUUCUAUGUGUAUUGGUCAUGGCACUCCUUUGGGCAUUUGAGACAGAAAAGGUUGCAUUGUCGGGACUCUUGCUCGGACUGUGCGUUCACUUCAAGAUAUACCCCUUCAUUUACGGUGCAAGCAUGUUAUGGGCCCUCAAUACUCCUGCACCUUCAGGGGAAUUCCCGAAGCCGAUCUCGCAGCGCGCAUUGCAGUUCAUCAAUCUCAACCGCAUCAUCCUGGUUGUCACGUCGGCACUCACAUUCACAGCACUCAACCUCUUGAUGUACAACAUCUAUUGCGGUCCUUUCCUUCAACAUACCUUCCUCCACCAUUUGACACGAAUCGACCAUCGACAUAACUUCUCCCCUUACAAUACGCUCUUGUACUUGGCUUCAGCCCAGCCUAGGAGCGCGUCCGGUGUUGAGCCAACACGAUCCGUAUCGUUCGAGUCCCUAGCGUUCAUCCCGCAACUCCUCCUCUCUACAGUCCUCAUCCCUCUUGCCCUGGCGAAACGAGACUUACCAACAACCAUGCUGGCCCAGACAUUGGCAUUCGUCACGUUCAACAAAGUUUGCACGUCACAGUACUUCUUAUGGUACUUGAUUUUUCUGCCCCUUUACUUGCCGGACUCAUCCCUCCUCCGCCAGCGGUGGCUAGGUAUAGCGGCACUAGCGCUGUGGGUUUUGGGCCAAGGUCUCUGGCUGCAACAGGGAUAUCAACUGGAAUUCCUGGGGAGGAGUACUUUUGUUCCGGGGUUGUUUGGAGCAAGCCUGCUCUUCUUUGGGAUCAACUGCUGGAUACUAGGCAUUAUCGUCGGGGAUGUGGUGCGAAAGCAGCCAAGAACGCAGCCGCGGUCAAUUGCGAGCAUGGAGCCAAGGCAAGCAGUCUCUCCAUCGGCCAAAAGUUCGGGAGAGACGACAAACAAGACAAUUGCCUCGGAUGUCAUAUCAAAGUCAACCGCCACUCGACCACGUGGAAACAGCACCAUCGAUACCAGCAGUAUCGCGAACGUCCAUCUCGGGCCGCGGAAUCGCGUGUUGAGGAGCAAUUGA